AUGGAACCCGAGCUCGUGUCCGAAGCAGAUGGUGCCUUCUAUGCGUUUGCAGGUGUGAUGCUAGCACUCUACGUUGUACCUGCAACAUGUUUUACGAUCUACCGCGUCUUGACUGCACCCAAGAAGCUUCGUUCACGUGGGUUUGCAGUGCAUGUGGCCUUCUUAUCCGUCGCCUGUGGGCUCCUCGGGCGGUGUUUGUGGGCGUUACAAAGUGUCGAUACGUCGGGGGUGUUUGACCCGUACGAAAUAUUAGGCAUCAGUGACACUGCAACGUCACGUGAAAUAAAAAAGGCAUUUCGUGCCCUCGGGCGACAAUUGCAUCCGGACAAGAAUUUGGCCAAUCCCUUGGCCACGAGUCAAUUCGCUCGCGUCACAAAAGCAUACGAAGCGCUCACGAAUCCCCAAAGUAUUGAGAAUUACCGUAAAUAUGGCCAUCCGGAUGGCCGUCAAUCGAUGCUCAUGGAUGUGGCAUUUGCUUCGGCAUUUAGUGGUUCUAAUGGUGGCACGGGCUCGGUGUUUAUGCUGGUAUAUUUUGGAGGCAUUUUUGCCGGUGUGGUCUACCUUGUCUACUGGUUGCAAAAGUCGGCUGGACGUUGGGAUCGGACGCAGAUUUCACGUGCAACUCGUACGAGUUUUGUUGACGCUUUGACUGAGAAAAUGAGUGUUCAUGAUGUGGUCGAACUGCUCUUGUCCUGUGAUGAAAUGGCUGGAGCUGGAGCAGGAAUGUCGGACAGUGUUCGAAACGAGACGCAACUUCGUGCCAAAAUGCACACUAAAUUUGCAAAAAAAAUGGAAGCUGCAAAAGCAUUGCCAAGUGAAGUCCUUGGCCGGAUUCGCAAGCACGAGAACCCAGUGGCACGUGAGAAUAUGCUGGCCUUGUACCAGUAUCUACGUCGAGAGAAACUACGGGGGGUGUCACGUCCGUUGUGGGUGGAUCAGAGGUUCCAAAAGGUCCUGCUUGAGUUGCCCUUCCUCGUGGAUGCUUUUGCGACGAUCGCUGCAAAAGAAUUGGCGAAACGGGCGUACCCUGCUAUCCCACUGCUGCGUGCACUGUCGCUACUUUCCAGCAUUGCACAGGGAAGUCUCGUGCCGGAUGAGGUAGCUUUGCGCGAUCAGAAGGAACGAGUGGCGGCUAUUGAGGGACAGUUGCCAGACUUGUGCUUGAAGGAAACGACGCUCGUUGUUCUUGAUGAGCCGACCAUCCAGCCUGGCGAUUGGCUUACCCUGCAAACCACUCUACAACGACAGCACCUAAAAGCCGGUGAAACGGCGCCACUAGCUGCUACCUUUUACGACCACGUGGACUCGAAAAGUCCAUUUCGCAAGGAACACGUGUGGUUUCUCGUUGUUGACAAAGGAACUGGCCGGUUGUAUUCAGCUUGGAAGUGUGUGGAUCUAUCUCAGCAAGUCGUCCAGAAAGUGGGGUUCUUGGGACCAGAGACUCGAGGCAAAUACGAGUUUGAAGUGCGUGUCGUGUGUCCAGCUUAUCUCGACGUGCAGACCAAGGUGGAUCUACCUCUUGUCCUGUUUCCAACAGUGUUCAUCUUUUGUGUUGUGCGGUUCACAACGUCAGUUGCUUGGAUUGAGACCAUGGAGAUUACGAUGCAGUAUACUCGACGUUCUUGGCUUUGCUACCGUGCAAAGGCUUUUCACGGAUUCCAAGCACCAUCACGUUCUGUCUCCUGUCGUCGUGUACCUGUCGUUUUUUCAGCUACUUUUUCCGUCUUGGGACGUGACAAUCGACAGCUUCCAAGGAUUAUCUCGGAAGACACUUUGUUUGAAAAUCCAUGGCUUCGUCUCAAACGUAUCUUGUUUUUAAAUGCUCAAGGCUCUGAACGACAAUGGACGGGCUUGGAACGUACAACUACACACCCAAAGACUUUAUCCGAUACAAUUGCACUUAUUGAUCCAGUCGAAGCCCCUGAAAUAGCUGCUAUGAGAGAAUUGAAAGAAGAGACGGGAUAUAUGGGCUCACGGGUGCUGCACAUGGGACCACCAAUGGUGAAUGAUCAAGGCAUUACCAAUGGAAAAGGCAGAUUGUUGCUCGUGGAAGUACAAGAGGAAGAACAGCAAAUUCCAUUGCAACAGCACUUGGAACAAGAUGAAAUCAUUCAAGUCGUGCAUGCUCCGUUAAAAGAUCUUGUCAAGUGGUUGGAAGGACGUAAAAGGAUGCAAUUGAUGCCAGGUUGUACUCGUACGCACUGGGACUUCAGGACUUGCCACAAGAAAUCGUGGAAUAAUGGAAUUGGCUGUGAGAUAGCUAUUCUCCUCUCUCCACUCUCUCUAGCGAUGUCCGUCCAGUGA